AUAACAGUUAGGAAAGCUGCAAGUUUUCGCAGUUGGCCAAAAACGUCCAGUUUCAGCGCUGAGCCAGAAAAUUCCUGCGAAAGGCUGUCGUGGCAAGUGUUACCCGCACACACACACACAUACACAUCGCCCAGUUCCAGAUCCAGCCAAUCCCCCCGUGGAGUGGAGUGAAUUUUCAUUGACGACUGGGGGCGAAAAAGCUCUGGCGACAGAGAGAGAGAGUGAGAGAAAGCGGGCGGCACUGAGAGCGCAACCCUCUUGAACAAAAACAACGAAACAGAGUUCAGCUGCACCACCACCCACCACCACCUACACCCACAGUCCACCUCCAUCCCGACCUGCGGCAGUGGAAGACAGCGAAAGAGGCCAAGUGCAUAGAGUACCUUCAUCCUAAUCAUCGCCAGCCGAAUUUGUUGAGGCCACCACAGGUCCACCAAGCGACUACAGCCACAACCACACAGCCACCAGAGCCAUAGCUCAAAGGACGAGGUAAAGGUCUAAGUUUGGGGGUCUAAGAUGGGCAAGAAAGACAAGAACAAGGAACCGGCGGACGCUGCACCAGCUGGUGAUGCACCACCAAAUUCCGGAGCUCCGGCCGGAGAGGGCGGCGAUGGCGAGAUUGUGGGCGGACCACACAAUCCGCAGCAGAUUGCGGCACAGAAGCGUCUGCAGCAGACGCAGGCGCAGGUCGAUGAGGUCGUGGACAUCAUGCGCACGAAUGUGGAGAAGGUGCUGGAGCGUGACAGCAAGCUGUCGGAGCUGGACGAUCGUGCCGAUGCCUUGCAGCAGGGUGCCUCGCAGUUUGAGCAGCAGGCGGGCAAGCUUAAGAGGAAAUUCUGGCUCCAGAACUUGAAGAUGAUGAUCAUCAUGGGCGUGAUUGGCCUGGUUGUCGUGGGCAUUAUUGCAAAUAAACUUGGCCUCAUAGGCGGGGAGCAGCCGCCUCAGUACCAGUACCCCCCACAGUACAUGCAGCCACCGCCGCCGCCGCCGCAGCAGCCCGCCGGAGGACAGUCGUCGCUGGUGGAUGGGGCAGGAGCAGGAGGAUCGGACGGCGGGGCAGCAGGAGCUGGCGACCACGGCGGCGUAUAAGCAAUCUGGCUGCAAGGACGAACGCUUCUCGAUUAAAAAUAUGCCCCCUCCUCAAAAAGGCGGGCGAAACCAGAUUAAAAAAAAAAAAAACAAAGGAAAACUCAGUUAAACUAGAAAAUCUCGAGAAUUGCAAUGAAAACUCAAUAAUAAUUUCCACUUAGACGAUCGAUGUGCACGAGUUGGUGUGAGAGGUUUUAAGUAACUUACGUCAUAAUAUUAAUACUAAAUCUAAAGAAGACGCUCCGGACAAAUUGAAGUUGUUGCUAAUUUGUUUAUGGUUACAUUAUUUCAUGCAUAAAAUAAAAGAAAACGGUAUAUAUAAAUAUAAAUACAAAAUAUAAAAAUACAAAUACAAAUAUAUGGAACUUGAAUAUUACGAGUGACUCUCUAAACCACGUACUACCCAAUAUGGAAAUAUGGAACUUGGAUCUCUGCGCUGCACUGGCAACAAGGAGCGCCAGUGGAAGCAGGAGGACAGGCGGUCGCUUCCCGAUGUUCGCAGCUCUUUGAACUCAGUUUCCUUAGCAAAUCAACUAGACAAAACACAAAAAAAAAAAACUAAAACGAAAAACAACUAUUUCGGAACAAGACCCAAAACCAAAGAAAUCUCAGCUUUGUUCCUAAGUAAAGUUACGCAAAUAUGAAUAUUCGAAAUGUAUAAUCCAAAAAAGAUGUUUGAAAUCGACAGGCCAUAUAAGAUUGACAGUUAAAAAUGUAUUCAUGGAACUUUACUUAUAUAUAGAGCAAGUGUAGUCGGCUGAAAAAUACAAACAAGUGGGAAAGAAACCAGAAACCUAAAGUCUAGUCAAAAUAUACAAAGCGAUUUUGUUUGCAGAAUUAUGUUUAUGUGCAAUCAUUACUGUUGUGUUUGAAAAACAGUUUCGAUUGAAAGAUGAAACCAGACAGUUCAACGAUUAAAUUAAGCGCUAGACACACAAUACGUUGGUUAUCCAAAGGAUUUAUUGAUUUACUUAGCUCGACGACAUAUGUUUGUAUAUUUCAAUGUUACGAGUAAUAGACGAGGCGGUACUUAGAGCAUAUAUAUGUACGUGUAUGUAACGAUAUGAUAUUUAGAUCUCACACACUCCACCCGAUCCCCAAUCCCCAAACCCAUAACCCCCUCAUAGCCGAUCAGAAGCAGAAAUAACUUUGAGACAACACUCGUAGCACAUAUUGUACUCACCUUGUUCUGAAUAUAAACAACCUAUAACUACGAUUAAUGUAUUAACUAAUUGAUUCUACAAGCGCCUGCCCAAAGUGCUUUGCCUACCAACCAAUUUUGGGGCACGAACAAAUCGAAAAAAUUAAUUAAUGAAAAACCAAAGAGAUUAAAUGGGAGGAAAACGAAGCAAAUCCAAAUCCGAAUGCAGGUAUUUUUAGCAAUAUUCGUAGCGUGUACAAUAUGUCGCCCUUAAAGCUUAUUAGAAUCUCGUUCAAUGUCCAUCUCAGACUCAACCAGACACUUCACAUGCAUAUAACCAUUAACAGAUAUAAAUCGAUAUAUGUAUGUAAUAACCAAUGACAAAUGUUUAGCAAAGCGUUUCGAUUUUUGUUUGGAUUUUAACAAAACAAAAAAAAAGGGAAAUAAGAAAACAAUUGUAUACACAAAAAGACCUAAGAAAAACACCCGGAGAACGGAGAACAGGGGUUCCCAAGAUUGCACUGCGAUAUUACAGAACCCUUGGGGCGGCGGAGCAAGUAAUCCCCGUACUAAAACACAGACGGACACACAAAACAAAGAAAAACUCUAUAAGAAUCCCCAAAAACCACAGACGGCAAAUGAGAGUAUAUAUAUAUGAACCGUAUAUAAACAAUAAUAUUACUAAUUAAUUUAAUGAUUAAUUGCACCCCGAAAAUACAUAAUUAU